UUCUUCGCAUAUAAGCAACAUAUAGAUACACAUGUAAUUCUGAGGUAAGUAGAGGUUGGCGACUGAGAGGCUCCUUGAAUAAGGUUAGGUUUGAUUCCUUCACCUUCACGUUCCCCAUCAAGUCAUGGGCCUCGAAUCGAGGCGGCCCGAUAUACUCGAGCGCUAUUGAUCCUCGCCUGCACACGGCACCACGGCACCGAUACAUCGUACUUAUAUUCGUUUCCAGUUUUGAAUACAGUCUCCACGCGCAUACGCAUCGGCGGGACCGACCUCAUCGUCUGAUAGCAUGCCCUCCGCUUGUCCGAACCCAUGCUCAAGCACCGCACUCACCGCCGAGUCCUUCUCGCCCCGAACUCGUGCCGUCUCACACUCGAUCGUCCAAGCAGCUCGAACAAGUUUAAGCAACUCAAAGGUGAUGACUUACGGCUUCCACGUUGAUAUGGGCCCGAGGAUCAGGUGCGGUACAGUGGACAUGAUGCUACGUUGCAUCCGCAUAUUCUGGCGAGUACAUCCGAAAGGUGAAAACCGUGAGGCAUUAUGUUGCGAGGUCAGCAACAUUGUGAUAUCACGCGGAAGUGACUGGAUGGGUGGUGGUGGUGCAUCGUAGUUU